CAGCCUCUCCAGUUUGCAUCCGAAAUUCGUGCGUAUCGGUUCGUCGCUGUUUGGCUGUCUGAGUCUCUCGGGUAGAUUCUUCUGAGCUGGGUUGCUGCCGUAGAUCGAGCGGUCAUCGAUCUGCUCUGCUGUCUUCCAUGGGGAUACGAUCGGGAACGAGAAUUCCAUGACGUAAUUCGCGAGUUCGUUUGGUUCUUUUUAGGGGUUUGGAAUUGAAAAAAAUAAAAAGUACUUCAAGUCGAUACCUCAACCUUAAAGUACUAAGUGAAAGGGCUCGAAACCCGCUUGCGUAAAAAAAGUGAAUGAAUUCAAGCGGGAAGGUAAUUCGAACCAGUUCGUAACCUCAAACCAAAGUUUGCUGCAAUGGAUCGUUGAUCAGUCGGUGUGCAGUUGCUCAGUGUACAGAGUGGAGUUAGAAAAGCGUUGUGCAAAUUUACACGAAAGUCACCUGUAGAGAUCAAGGAAACCUACCAGCCACCAGUGUCAGGUCAGGGCGGGCAACUUGCGUGCAGUGAGGCAAGCUGUUUUUUUUUAAGGGCACCAAACCAGGCACUUGAAGCUGGGUUUCGUAACAAACAAACGACUUUAGUACUGCACCGAAGGUAGCACUAGUUUGGCUACCAAAAAUAACACAAAAAUGGAAGUGGCCUGGCGGUUUCGGAUCAUCUUUGCGAUGGCAUUUGCUGUGAUAAUAUUUGGAGACUUGCUCGGCUAUGGCGGGGCCAAGAAGGAUCCCAAGGAUAAAUCGACGCUGCUGACGGGAUUUUCGGCGGGGCUUGGAGACAUCAAGGCGACGCAUGAGAAUGACAUCGGGUCCACCGAAAGUGAAUCGUCGGCCCGGCAGACCUACCACGGCGCUGGGCCCGCUGUUGGCACCUCACCCGCCGAACACCAGCUGGACGCGGCCGCCUACAAGGAGCGGCUCAAGAGUUCCCUCCGGGAGGCCUGCCUGCCGAAGCUGCUCUGCGAGAUGGCCGCCAAGCCCAACUACUCGCUGAACGUGCGCGAGCGGGACCUGCUCUCGUUAAUACGCUCCACCACGUUAUCACUGACGAUGGCCGUGAGCCCGACCAAGUGGCACUUUGCCGCCCACAUGGGCCAGCUGCUGCGGGACGCCGGCGACAGCCUGGUCACGCCGAUGGGCUGCUCGCACCUGUGGCCAAGCUGUCCGUACAGCUCCAAGAAGCUACUCAAGCUCACCAACGUGGUUCAGCUCAAGUGAGGAAGGGCGACUCCGGAAGCAACAGCAAACUGAUGACCGAAUGACGUCCGCAGAGUCCAGUUUUGGGGAAACUCCCACGCAGUCGACGAUACGAUACAAGAAGCCAUACUCAGAAAAGGAAAUACUAUGCAUCGCGAGUGAGAUAUUUGCAGUGAGAUGUUUCGAGUAGAACGUGCCGAAAGAGAUGAAAGGAUUGUGCGAUGUUUGAAAGUGUUCAAGAUCUACAGUAUGAAUGUGUUUCGUGAGUGAUAGCGUGUAAAUUUAUGUUUUGUUUGAAAUAGGACAUUUGAAAUUGUGAUUUAAGAUAGUUUGUAUAUAAGAUGGACAUAGUACAUAGUAUGCUAGAAAACAAAAAAAAUCAAAUAAACAAAUAAAUCAAUGACAAAAA